AUGGACAGUGAAGACUUCGACGACCUCUUCGGCGAGGAAGCCACGUUGCUCGAACCCUCAUCUCAAGGGUCACUGACUGAAGCAGCAGCUAAUUUAGCCAUCGACCAUGAAGAUGACGCUCGCCAGCCAUGUAAUCCAAUGGGCAAGGAUGAUGAAAUGGAGGACGACGGUGCUACAGCAUUUGACUUAUUGCCUGUAAACACGGGCUCAUUCGCAGAUACUGUGCGGCAAAACGACUUCCGCCCUCCUCAACGACUCACACCAAGAGCAUAUCCGAAUGCCGCCGUGAUUGACAAAAUUGAGGCUGUCUUUGAAGAGAUUGUGGAUGCUAUGUUGCACGACAAGCUUGAGAUCGGCAUCACCUUGAAGACCCGGCCAAGAACAGCGCUCCUUCCACGAUCUAACACCAGCUCAAAUGGUGAUGCUGCACCGACGAGACGUUUAUGCUUCCCUGGAAAGACUGCUGAUGAAGCAUGGCGAUUCUUCUUGCGGAUCCUCGAACUCAUGCACGAAGCUCUGCGAAAUGAUAUUGUGAUCUCGAAGAGGGACAUCUACUACCGAGAUCCGGCAUUGUUCGGCAGUCAGACACAAGUAGACCGAUAUGUCGAUGACAUCGCAUUCACAUUCGGCAUAACACGAGCAACCUUGAACGUUUCAGCAGCAGCAAAAGGCCUCGUAGCCGGUGCCAUGACCAUUUGUCGUCGACAUGGCAGUACAACAUUAGCAUGGUCCGACCCAGAAGGCAUCCUCGUCCCAACCCUCAAGGAUGUCCUCUCCAUCGACAUGUCUUCCGUGAAUUGGAUCCUCGUCAUCGAAAAGGAAGCAACUUUCCGCUCAAUAGCGAGCUCAGCAUUCUGGGAAAAGAUCAAAGCCGAAGGCAUAAUUGUCACCGGGAAGGGUUACCCCGACCUCUCCACUCGUGCUCUACUGCGCUUUCUCAGCACAGCCUCGAGCAAAAAUGGCUUCUCAUCGCCUCCAGUCUUCGGCCUAGCAGAUUUCGACCCUGACGGCAUCGCAAUAUUGUCAGUGUACAAAUACGGCUCCAAAGCCCUAGCUCAUGAGAACGAAAAUCUCGUCGUGACGCAGCUGCAGUGGCUCGGACUUCGUAGUGAACACCUUCGGAUCGGCGACUCUGAUCCGCACACGACGCAAGGCCUUCUCCCACUCACCAAGAGAGAUAGGGCGAAAGCAGUCAAAAUGCUUGAGCAAACAGGAGCAGCAGCAGACGAAGAUUCUGCACUGCAGAGACGAGAGCUUCAGACUAUGCUCAUGCUGAAUGUCAAAGCUGAAUUGCAGUUGCUCGAUGCUGUUCCCAAUGGCAUGACGGACUUGCUAGAGUCAACGCUGGGCAAAUUUUGA